AUGUCACGUUUGUGUAAUUUACGGUUAUAUCCAGUUAUAGAAAGAAGUAAACAUUCGACCAAUUUCAUAACCAAUAGAAAUUUAAAAACAAUAAAUGAAGUUAAAAAUGUACUCUAUCAAAAUAGUAAAGGUUAUGUUCAACUAUAUUGGAAAUUUGAGAAAUAUGUUUAUCCAUUAUAUAAAUUAUUAGAUAUAUUUAAAUCAAAGGAAAUUCAUCCUUUACUAACAAGAAUAAAAAUAUUAUUGAAUAAUCGUGAUAAUAAUCAUGAAAGAAAACAGUUUAAAAAUUUAGGGUUUAUAUUAAGUAGUAUUGGACUCUCAAUAGUUCUGUGCGAAUCAAAAGAUCAUCGAGAAAAGCAAUUUUUUUGGGCUGCAAAAUAUGGCAACAUUCCACAAUUAAGAAGUAUUAUAAAGGGAGGUAUUGAUGUAAAUAUACGCCAUUCAUUGGGUUGGACAGCAUUGCAUCUUGCUGCUAUUAAUGCAAAACCAGAAGUUGUAAAACUUUUAUUAAAGCAUGGCGCUGAUGUUAAUUCCCAAGAUGAGUUCAUUAAUGUUUAUGGAAGUGCUAUAGAAAAAGGAUUACAAACUUUGGAGGUGCUUUUGCAAAGGGAAGAAGAAUUUUGUGAUCAUUUGAAUAGUAGAGCCACAUUCAAAGGUUUUACUCCGUUACAUUACGCUGUAUUAGCAGACUCUAAAGAAUGUGUACAAAUUUUAUUAGAAGCAGGAGCUGAUCCAACAGUGAAAAACGAUUUAGGACAUCGAGCAGUAGAAUAUGCCAGAGAUGGAGAAAUCAAAGAAAUGCUUAUAAAACAUGCUAUAGAAUAUGAUAAAAUAAUGAAGGAAAAAGAAUUAGAAGAACGUCGUAGAUUUCCAUUAGAGCAGCGUUUGAAACAGUAUAUUGUUGGACAAACUGGAGCAAUAUCUAUUGUUGCAUCUACUAUUAGAAGAAAAGAAAAUGGAUGGAUCGAUGAAAAACACCCUCUAGUAUUUCUUUUCUUAGGUUCAUCAGGUAUUGGAAAAACUGAAUUGGCAAAGCAGUUAGCUGCCUAUAUUCACAAAAAUAAACAGGAAGCAUUUAUUCGAUUGGAUAUGUCUGAGUAUCAAGAGAAACAUGAAGUUGCUAAAUUGAUUGGUGCACCACCAGGAUAUGUGGGCCACGAUGAUGGUGGACAAUUAACAAAACAUUUGAAAAAGUGUCCAAAUGCUGUUGUAUUAUUUGAUGAGGUUGAUAAAGCUCAUCCUGAUGUAUUGACCGUUUUGUUACAAUUGUUUGAUGAAGGAAGACUCACUGACGGUAAAGGUAAAACAAUCGAAUGUAAAAAUGCAAUUUUUAUAAUGACAUCAAAUUUGGCAAGUGAAGUAAUCGCCGAUUACGCAGUACAACUUAGAGAAGAUGCUCAACGUGCAUUAGAUAAAAAAUCAGAAAACAUUUCUGGUGAAGAAGAUGAUCCAGAACUUAUUGAAAUAUCUCGUAAAUUUAAAGAUGAUGUGGUAAAACCAAUAUUAAAAGCACAUUUUGGUAGAGACGAGUUUUUAGGCAGAAUAAAUGAAAUCGUAUAUUUUUUACCAUUUACUCAAACUGAACUUAUAAAGCUAGUUGCUAGAGAAUUAGAAGCAUGGGCUGAACGUGCGAAGAAAAGGCAUAAAAUAGAAUUGAAAUGGAAUAGAGAAGUUUUGUCACUAUUAGCUGAGGGAUACGAUAUUCAUUAUGGAGCACGUUCUAUUAAAUAUGAAGUGGAAAGGCGCGUUGUUAAUCAAUUAGCUGCUGCUCACGAACAAGGCCAACUUGAAAAAGGAUGUUGUGUGUUACUUAAAGUUAAAUGGCAUAAAAAUGGCGCAAAUAUAGCCUUAUCAAUACAACGCAAAGGUGCUAAAGAUUUUGUUGACAUUUCUACAGAUAACUUGAUAAAAAAUGUGAAUUCUGCAUUUUAA